GCCGUCCCAGCUCGGAUUAAAUUUCUGCCUGUUUAAACUGAAUGACGGCCUUUCAGUGGCAGCCGGGACGUAAGGGGAGGAGAACGAGAGAAGGGAGGAGAACCUCCCUCUACUAGAUGAACCACCUCAAUCUUACCCCAAAGAAUGUGUGAGAAGUGACAGGACAGUGGCUUCAGGAUUCCGAGAGGGGCUUUGCAGAAGUUAAGGAAGAGCAGAUGCCAAGACUGGACUGUCUUUUUUUGGCAAGUUUCGUAGUGUACACUUACCAGGAGUGAAACCUGUUGACGUUUUGACCAUAUGGAUGGGCUACAGCUGCUUCUUCAUGGAUUCUCAGUAUCUCCAUCGCUUUGGUACCUAAAGAAGAAGUUGUGAAUCCACGUUUGUGGAAGCAAUAACGUUAAAUAAAGAGGGGUCUUGACUGAUAAACUGUCUGUCAGCGGGAUGUGUUUGAAUUAACCUUUGAGGCUACUGUACUGUAUCUCUGGAAUCACUGUGGUAAAUUUCUGGAGUCGGUUGGCGAGCCAAGAUAACGGAGCAGAUUGAGGGAAACGGUGCUAUUUUACUUACUGGAAGUUUAGUGGUUCUGACAUUAUUUAAAUUGGCGGUCCCGGGGGUGCAUCUACCUAGUUGGGAGUCUUCACUUGAGUCAGGAUGCCAGCUGCUGCUGGGGACAUGGUUACUUCCAGGGACCCCACUACCACCUUCCUGUCACAACGAAAGGGUUUUAGUAAUUCCUGUCGGUCAGUGCCGCCGCUGCCAGCUUCCGUGAGUUCAGUGUCUAGGGACACUCUGCGCAUCUUUGCUCACACCAAGCGGGUAGGCAAUUACCUAGUUGGCUGCAGAAAGCUCGGAGAGGGCUCGUUUGCCAAAGUGCGAGAAGGACUGCACAUCAUCACCGGCGAGAAGGUGGCAAUAAAAGUGAUUGACAAGAAAAAAGCGAAGAAGGACUCCUAUGUCACCAAAAAUUUGAGACGGGAAGGUCAGAUUCACCAAAUGAUCCGACAUCCCAACAUUACCCAGCUCUUGGAUAUUUUGGAAACGGAGAAUAGUUACUAUUUGGUGAUGGAAUUGUGUCCUGGUGGGAAUCUGAUGCACAGAAUAUAUGAGAAAAAAAGACUAGAGGAACAGGAAGCCCGCAAGUACAUCCGACAACUUAUUCAGGCUGUGGAACACCUUCAUCGUUUUGGAGUGGUUCACAGAGACUUGAAAAUUGAAAACUUGCUGUUGGAUGAAGACAACAAUAUUAAACUCAUUGACUUUGGCCUUAGUAACUGUGCUGGUAUCUUGGGCUACUCAGACCCCUUCAGCACACAGUGUGGAAGCCCAGCCUAUGCUGCCCCUGAACUGCUGGCUCGGAACAAGUAUGGCCCGAAAGUGGAUGUCUGGUCAAUUGGUGUGAACAUGUAUGCCAUGCUGACUGGAGCCCUACCAUUUACUGUGGAGCCAUUUAGUCUGCGUUCUCUCUAUCAGAAGAUGAUAGACAAAGAGAUGAAUCCACUUCCGAAUCACCUGUCUGCAGGGGCCAUACAUCUCCUUCGAUGUCUACUGGAGCCUGACCCUGUCAAGAGACCCAACAUUCAGCAAGCUCUACAAGAUCGCUGGCUUAAUGAGAACCCCUUUGUAAAUUCUGUGUGUGACGUUUCUCAUUCAAACAGAAUCAAUCUUGAAGACCUGAGUCAAAGUGUACUGUUUCACCUGACUGAUAAGUUAGGCUAUAAGCAGAGCGACGUCAUUAACGUUGUCCUAUCAAAUAGGGCAAGCCCAAUUCUUGCUUCUUACUUCCUUUUUAAUAAGAAACUGGAACGUCACUUGAGAGGCAUUCAGAAGCAAGAUAUGCACAUCAGAUGUUGCCAGAAGAAUCCAUUGCAUCACACUGAGAAAAAAAAAGUGAGCAGCAUUAACUCUUACGAGGAAAAAAAGCUAAAGGAAUCAGAAAAGAGAGUAGACUGCUUUCAGAAGCCAUUGGGAAGAAAAUCUGAGAAAAGUCACCUUUCUUAUAAACAUCAUUCCUGCCUGGUGGAUCAUGCACAGAACUCCAGAGCUCAGUUAAAGGAGAAAAAACUCUCAAAGCUUGUUCUUCCAGAAAAAGAAGAUGUUGCGACUAGUUUACCUCUUUCUUCCCCUGACUGCUCAACAUUCAAAACUGGAUAUAUUCGAUCCUCAUCACUGGAAUACAUAGAAAUGCAUCAUCCUGAUCCACAAAGCCCACAUUUUCUUGGAAGUCCUGAGACCCACCAGCAGUGGACCACAGGCACAGGGAACAGGACUAAGGACCCUCCAUUUAUACUGAAUGUUGUUCGUUUGUCAGAGUCAACUGACAGACAAGAGCAAAGUGACCAAGUACCUCAGCACAGGGGUUUAAGUUCCCCUGUGAUGUUUUUAUGCAAAAGUUCUAUUGAAAGGUUUCUGUGUUCUUUCUCACCUUCUGGAAACACAUCUCCAGCCAAAGCUACAGUCCAUCGCUCUCCUCUUCCAUCACCAAGUGAAGAAAAGAAAAAUCCCUUGACAGUGGAAGUGGUGCCUUCCAAAGAGUUGACUUCCAAUAAAAAUAUCAAGGUAGACUUGGGCAGUCCCACAUAUGUUAAAAGCAGGGGGAGGUUUCCAAUGAUGGGGAUUGAACAGAUGCUAAGGAAACGGAGUCAAAAUGUACAGAUAAGUGCUGAAAAAACUGCUGACCUCGGCAUACCUCCUUCUCAGAAGGCAAGUGCAGAGUUCAAAGUCAUCUCAACUAACGGUGCUCUUAAAAAUCAGUUUUAAACCAUGGAAUUGUGUAGAAUAUACAGCAACCAUUUGUAAAUGCCUAGGAACAGGAGUGGAUGUCAGCUUUUCAGAUAACUAUUUUGAAGAACAUGAUUGAUAACAUUCCUGUUUUUAUUAUAGUGACUGUGUCUCCAUUUUAACUAUUACAUAACAUUUACACUUUUGUUGUACUCUGAGCUACCAAGAUGGUGCCCUAAAACUGAAAGCCUAUAUUUGAAGAAGGGAGCUUAACCAAAUGUAUGCCUUUGAUGUCAUGAAAAGUCAGGACUAGUGAAGUACUCACAGAUGCUUUCUGUAGUAUUAGUUCAUUCUGUUCUGUAUAAUUCUUCAUUCUUCACUUUAACAGUUGUUAGAAAACGUUGGUAGGAGUUGCAGUAGUGACAGUUGCCAUAAAAUAUGAAACAGUAUUUUUUUUUAUCUUGCUUUCCUGCUGUCCCUUUUACUUAAUAAACCCUCUAAAACAGUUGCCUGACCUGAUGACUGCUCUGUGGACUGAGCAGUAUUAGAUUCUGAAUUAAUUUUGUUGCCAGUCGUUUACCUGCCAUUUGUUACAAAACCACAGUGGUUCUGACAAACGUCUAGGCAAGGCUGCUUAACAACGAGUGAUGUUUUCAGGAGAUGGAAUUACCACCUUCCAUGGAAAACAAGCAACAUUACAAAGUUGUAUGCCUGAAUCAAUUAUGGUGUCCUAAGUCUGUGUUAUUGUGCAGUGGAGACCCAGCUUUGUUACUUGUAUAGAGGAUACUAGUAUUGUAACAAGAACACAACUUUUAAAAAUGUUUUGUCAAAUUCUGAUAGCAAAACAAUCAUAAAGUAAUGCUUUUUAAGAAUAAUUAGUGACCUUCAACCCAACACACAUCACAUCCAUCCUGCAGGAGACAGAUGGAAACAAUAACAUUUAGAGCACAUUUCAUUUUCACCUAUGAACUCCAAGUGGUCAACUCAGUGAAGUCUCAACUCACCAAGUUCAACUUGUUGGGAAUCAACCCAGAGAAAAGGGGUUAGAGUAAGUUAUUUUUGCAGAGGGGAGAAGCUUUCAUGCACUCCCCAAGUGGGAGUAAGCCCCUACCUCUCUUAAAAUGUAUAUGUAUCAAUUCAGUGGCACAUAAACAUUAAUGAAGGAAAAAAUCCCUGAUCAAAUUAAAUCAAAGCUGGCACACAGAAAUUUCACUCUCAGUGAUGUCAUAUGAAAAGCGAAGGAGCUAAACUCAACCACAAGGAACCUCAUUCACUUUACACCAAUAAAAUGUAGGGAAACCCAUAUUUCAUAUUUCAGAAAAUUAAAAACAUACAUGGAAGACCUUGAAACUUUUCAUUUAAAAUGCAAUCACUGGUGGAUGCAUAUAAUCAAAGAAUAAUGAGUUUGUAAUUUAAACAUGAAAACCCAACUAAAGUGCAACCUUGAAAAGUAGUUCAAUUCUGUAUUGUUGCAUGUAGUUAAAACAUAUUUCUCACAGAAAAUAUAAUUUUUAAAAUUAAUAAUGGACACUCUGAAAAAUGAUGAACUCAUAAUGUAUUUUCAUUGUGUUGCCACUGUUGGAUUUAGACUGCUUUGAAAAUCAGAACAGUUCACAUGAAGACUAAGAUUUAAAAUGUACAAGUAGCAUCUAAAUAGAUCAGAAAAGAAAUAAUUGCUUCACAAAACAAUAAUGUAAUAAAAAGGAACAACACACACACACACACACACACACACACACACACACACAC